AUGGGUUUAAGUGGAGCCAAACCAGUAUACACACCUUUGGAUCCUAGUUUGAGGUUAACAUCCAUUGAGUAUGAUUCACAUGUUCAAGGAUCAGAAGUUACAAAAUCAGAUGAGCCCUUAGAGGACAUUGGGAAGUAUCAAAGAUUAGUUGGGAGAUUGAUAUACUUAACCAUGACCAGAAUAAAUAUUUCAUUUGCAGUUCAGACAUUAAGCCAGUUCAUGCAUGCUCCCAAAGAGUCUUAUAUGGAUGCUGCCCUAAGAGUGGUGAGAUACAUCAAAUCAGCUCUUGGUCUAGGUUUGUUUAUGCCCUCUCAAAGUACAGAUAUGUUAACUACCUAUUGUGAUUCUGACUGGGGGACUUGUUUACAAACAAGAAAGUCUGUAACUGGAUACUUAGUCAAAUUUGGAAAUGCUAUAGUAUCUUGGAAAUCAAAGAAGCAAGAAACAGUAGCUAGAAGUUCUGCUGAAGCUGAGUUUAGGAGUAUGGCUUCAGCAGUUGCAGAAGUAACCUGGUGUAUUGGACUAUAUAAAGAGCUAGGAGUAGACAUCAAACAACCAGUGAAUCUAUUAUGUGAUAGUAAAGCUGCAAUACAAAUUGCAGCCAACCCUAUAUUUCAUGAAAGAACCAAACAUUUUGAUAUUGACUGCCAUUUUUUUUAG